AUGUUAUUAAAAUUCUUGACCUUCGCAGCAUUGAUCGCUACCUGUUCAUUUAUAUGGCUGCUCCUAGACCUGCUUGUUGUCCUUGGUAAUAGUAACAACGCACUAACAACGUCAUUGAUUCGGAACCAACUCAGUUUACUGGAGAAACCGAACAACAAGUUGGAUAAUGUCUCUAAAUGUGGAUGUCCCUCGAAAAGCCAGAUUGUUUUCCAUGCUGAAAUGGGUUCUGAUAAAACCUAUAAUAAAGGUUCCAUAUGGGUGUAUGACAAAAUGGUCACCAAUAUUGGAAAUGCCUACAAUCCUAGUACAGGGAAAUUCAGUGCACCUACAACUGGUAUCUACCAGUUCAAUUGGUAUACUUUGUGUAAUGCUGGAUCAAUGGCACAUGCGGGGUUGUUUGUAAAUGGAAAAUUCACAGCAAAUCAAGUUUACAAUAACGGGGGUGGUAUCAGACUGUGGAUUACAGCGGGUAGCAGCAUUGCCUUUUCACUGAAAAAGGGAGAUGAAGUUUACAUAAUGGAUGUCCAUGGAGGAACUGCUCCGACACUACGAAGUUACUUUACGGCUUUUGGUGGCGUGCGGAUAAAUUAA